AAAAGACCACAAAUUGGGUUAGCAUUUAAAGAAAUGUUUUGAAAACCGGAUCAGACAUUGACUUGGCUAUAGUUGGGUCAAUGGUCAAACUGGUUUAGUCAGGUUUAAAUUUUAAUCUAAUUUAAAUUAAGUAACUAAAUAUAUGUAUAACUAUAAAAUUAUUUUAUAUAAACUUUAUAUUAUUUGUUAGAAUCUAAAGUUGAUAUGAAAACAAAAUGAAAACUUUAAAAUGAUAUGAAAUAUAAUGAAACCUAUUUUAUUUAUAUAUAUAUAUUAGAAAACAAAUGUGAAAAUUUUAUGAAACCUUUUCAGAAUUUGUAAUUUUUUAUUCUUGUAACUUGAAUUUAAGAAAAUUGGGUUUUAAUAUCAAACCGGAUCACCGAGGUUUAGCAAGUUUUACCGAGUUUUGAUCAGAUUUACCAGUUUAAUUUAAAUGAUUUUAGCACAACCUAGAACCGAUUAGAAAACAUGUCACCGGAUUUUAGCGAGUUUGGCUGAUCCGGUUUUGAAAACACUGCUCUAAAGUUAGACAACAAUUGUAAGUGUGGUUCUUUAUAGACCAAUCCAUACAUAAUUGAUUAGACCCGAUUAUCGAACUUAUUUGUGUGCCAAAUAAACUGAAUACUUUCAGAACAUAUAAAUUCUAAAAAAAGGAACAUCUGUAACUUUUUAUCGGUUUAGAUCUAAAAUUUACAAAUUAUCAGAUAUUUAUUUGCUUUUUAAUUUUCCUAAAACUAUCGUACUGUGUAUAGUCAGUUUGAGGGUUUCCAUAUAGUGAUAUAUUAUUAAUCAUAAUAAAUUUUACAUAUAAAAUUAUACUGAUAUAUUAUUAAUCAUAAUAUAGGGGUCUAUUUGUUUUCUACCGAAUAUAAGUUUGGACCUACAUCUGUUCAAAUCAAUUCUCAUAUCAAUUCUCAUACUGUCACGUAAGCUUAAUUAAGAUGUAAGAAAUUGACACAUCAUCAAGUUAAAAUUAUAAAUAUUACAAAAUAGAAGGUUAUAUUAAUUUUUUAAUGAUCCUCAAAUAAUAUAUAGAAGAUAUUCUACUUCCGUAGAUAAAUGCACAUUAGGUAGAUUGUAAGUUCUAAGGGAUGCAGAUAACUAGGACAUAUAAUUAUGUAAUUAACUGGUAUUAUUUAAAAUAUUUUAUAUAAAAUUUUAAGUAACUUGGGGCAUUAAACGUCCAAAAUGGACCAAAAAUUAUAGAACUAGCUAUUAUCUGUUCUAUUUUAGCGAAUUUUCCAUAAUUUAUUGUGUCUAUUUUCACCGUUUAAUCUGAAACUCCAGUAACCAAAAUUAUAGAACGAACUCUUUUAAAUUUUUAAGAAUUUUUCGCAAUUUUGUAUUUCUGUAAGAAAAUUAGAGAAACAUAUUGGACUUUUUUGUCAACAUAAAAUUCACUUUCCUGAAAAAAAAUCCUUUUCUUUGACCAAAACAUAAACCUAUUCGCGAAAUUGCUUUUACAAACGUUAUAAACUCCUGUCUCUAUCUCUCUCUAUCUCUCUCUCCAAAUUUGAAUUACGAUGGAGUUCAGAUACAGAGCCAUCGACAUCGAUCGGCCACCUCCUGUGAAAGACACGGCGCCAUCUCAGUCUCUGAAUCCAAUCCCAGGAUGCAACAUAAUACCAGGAUGGGACUAUGUUCAACGAGAGAUUGAGAAGGAGCAAAUCCGUCGUGAGAUCAUUGCAGCGGAAACUGCAAGAAGAAAAGAGCUUAUAGCUGAGGUUGCACAGGAGAUGGCCAUCGAGAGAGAAAUGGCGAUUAAAAGUAUGGCAGAGAAGGAGGAUAAGAUAGCUACGUGGAUCACUCAAAGGAAGCUUCCACGUCAGAACCACAACAACAACUUUUCUAAACUGAAGCGUACUUACAGUGAUCCUGCCAUCUACUCAAGCCCCAACAGUCUAGUUACAUCACCAAUGAAGCAAAUGCCUCCACUACAGCAAAUGCUUGAGGCUACAACAGCUAAGGAAACGCCAGUUUUGGAGUCUAACAAGGACAAGUUGAUUAUAUUGGAUAGGCCUGAUCCUAUCGGAGGGGAUGCUAAAACUCGUCUUGGAAGAGCUAAGCGUAAGGCAAAGGAUGUUGAGGGAGGUUUGAAAGAACCUUCUAAAAGGAAGCGGUUGUUUAAGUUUUGGUGCGACCUUUGUAGUGUUGGGGCCUGUAACGAAACAGUCAUGAGGAAUCAUGAGUUAGGAAAAAAACAUAAAGCUGCUAUUAAAAAGCAGCCUGAGAAGACGGCUGCUUCAACCUCCGUCAUCAUAGCUCCUGCUUCCCUUGCAGCUCCACAAUCAGAAGCUGUUACAGUAGUGCCGAAUACGCAGCGUCAGAAAGUGGAUGAAGUGGCGGCGAAAGAAACGGGAAAGAAGAUAGAAGGUGAGAAGAAAAAGUCGGUAAUGAUUUGGUGCGAAGCUUGUAACAUUGUGACGUAUUCUGAGAAUGUGAUGGAGACUCAUAAGCUUGGGAAAAAACACAAGGCUAUGCUUAAGAAACAUUAUUCUGAGCAGUUGCUGGAGAUUCACAGGCUUGAGAAAAGAGCAUCUACAGUCACAGUGAAAUCUUUAGAUGCUGAUCCAAGCGAGGAAGAAUCAAUGGUUCAUUUCUUGGAAAAUGCCUCUAGCUAGCUGAUUUAGCUACCAAUAUCAUUACAGUUCCAGUGACAUAGAAGGUUAUAUGGAAUCAGAGAUUUAAAUUUCAUUUAGCUAUGAAGAAAGUGUUUCUUUUUUUUUAUGUAUUUUUUAAAUUAUAUUUGGAAUCUUGAAAUAGAGAAACCAAUGCCAUUAGAGAGA